AUGGCAGUUCUGACAUACAUUCCGCGAAUCCCUCAAUUGCUACCUCUUAAAGCGAGGAGUGUGUCACGCUGCAUCCGAUCACGAUCAUUACACGCGCGUGCGACCGAGUUUCUUCAAAGCCAGGAUCCCGAUCUAUCCGAGUCCCAGCGAACGGUGCGAGAAGCCAUUUCCAAAAUAUGUUUAGAUUUCCCGGACAGUUACUGGGCCCAGAUAGACGAGUCGCAUCAAUUUCCAACCGAACUCUACGAGGCAUUGGCACGCCAGGGCUGGUUGGGUAUCUGCCUGCCACAGCGAUAUGGAGGCUCGGAACUUGGCAUUUCGGAAGCAGCAGUGAUGAUGCAGACUAUUGCGGAAUCAGGGGCAGGCAUGACAGGUGCCUCGUCUAUCCAUAUGAAUAUCUUUGGCCUUGAGCCAGUUGCCAAGUAUGCGACCGAGGAGCAGAAAGAACGGUGGCUCACUCCGCUCAUUGCUGGUCGCCACAAGGCCUGCUUUGGAGUCACUGAGCCCAAUGCCGGCUUAGAUACUCUGCAACUGCAAGCAACAGCACGCCGGUCGGGAGAUAGCUAUGUGCUGUCGGGACAAAAGGUCUGGAUUUCCACUGCGCAGCGGGCUGACAAGAUCCUCAUUCUUGUGCGCACGACACCACGCGACCGAGUGAAAAAGCCAUCACAGGGCCUGUCACUUUUCUACACAGACCUACAAGUUCCUCAGGUCCAAAUUACUGAAAUUCCCAAGAUGGGUCGGGCUGCCGUUGACACCAAUUCCCUUUUCUUCGAUAACUGGCAUGUCUCAAUGGAGGACCGUGUAGGAGAAGAAAAUGAAGGGUUUCGAAUGAUUCUUCAUGGGAUGAAUGCGGAAAGGAUUUUGAUCGGCGCAGAGGCUCUCGGGCUGGGGUUUGCUGCCUUGCGUCGUGCGGCCUUGUAUUCCAAUGACCGGCAUGUAUUUGGGCGACCGAUCGGUCAGAACCAGGGAAUCCAGCAUCCCCUUGCGGAUAGCUGGAUAAAACUGGAGGCGGCGCGUAUGAUGAUCUACCAGGCUGCUCGGCUUUACGACCAGGGCUACACCGGUGGGGAGUAUGCUAAUGCUGGGAAAUAUCUGGCUGCAGAGGCAGCCUUUGAGGCUUGUGAGCGAGCCAUACUAACACAUGGCGGGAUGGGAUAUGCGAAAGAAUAUCAUGUUGAACGAUAUCUUCGGGAAGUGUUCAUUCCUCGCAUUGCACCUGUUAGUAGGGAAAUGAUUCUGAACUACAUAGGGGAACGGGUGCUUGGUCUCCCAAAGUCAUAUUAA